UGACUAUCAGUUAACAGUUCGUCUCGAAGUUAGCCCUUGUUUUGAGUAUCCAGGGGGUAGAAAGCGGGCACCGGGGACAGAAUAAUUUUGAAGUAUUGCGGGAGGCGGUAGUACUUCUCUUCGCGUAUCAAUCAUCAGUUGAGUACACGAGCUCCGCGGUACAGUCUCGCCUUCGGAUUCGCUCCGCAUCGUCAACAUUUACGGGUUUGCGUUAGUCUUCAUCGUAUAGUGGAGGUGUGUUUUGUGCCAAGUAUGCAGAAUCAGGAAUCCCAACUCGGACAUUUACCUGUGUCACAGCCGAAAGUGCCCACUUCAUCCAGUCGCAUUCUAUACGACAUACCCUGCAAAGUUUGCCGCGAUCAUUCAUCGGGGAAGCAUUACGGAAUAUUUGCGUGCGACGGGUGUGCCGGUUUCUUCAAGAGAUCGAUACGAAGAAAUCGUCAGUACGACUGCAAGGCGAAGUCCGAAGGGGGUUGUAUGGUCGACAAGACUCAUCGGAACCGAUGUCGAGCCUGCCGUUUGGCCAAAUGCAUACAAGCUGGUAUGAACAAAGACGCUGUGCAGCACGAACGUGGCCCACGAAAUUCGACUCUACGCAGGCAGAUGGCUUUAUACUUUAAAGAGCCCGAAAUGAUGGCCAACAUGGUACCUCCACCAAUGGCGGCUUUGGAUCUGGCUUUGCCUAAACCGCCGAGCGAACCCCGAGUCAUCGUCGCAGCGCCAUCCCCUCAUCAUCCCAAUCCGCACCCUAUUUACUGCAACAGUACGGCCUUGUCGAAGAUUCCAGUAAAUGUACCCGGAUUGCCGUCGCUGCCGCUGAUCCCGGCGAUAACCGCAGAGUCCAUCUGCGAGCAGGCAGCUAGGCUUCUUUUCCUGAACGUCCAUUGGGCUAGAGACCUAGCAGCAGGUACAAACUUAGCUAUGGAGGACCAGCUUAUGCUGCUGGAGUCUUCCUGGCGGGAAUUGUUCUUGCUCGCGGCCGCACAAAUUCUCCCUACGUUGGAUCCAACGCCUUUGCUACCUCCAGGUCCUCAAGCUCUAAGUUUAGCAGUGGAAGUGAAUCGUUUCAGAGAAACGUUGGCCGGUUUUCAUGCAAUGAACCUAGACCAGCAUGAAUUCGCUUGCAUACGGGCGAUCGUGCUGUUCAAAGCAGGUUUGGACAACGAGCCCUUACCCAGCAGUAGGAGUAGCAACGGUUCAGCAUCCCCUAGCACUGGCAACAGGCUCAGGGACGCUGCUGCUGUCGCGAGGUUGAGGGAUGGAGCCCAACUAGCUCUUGGUCAGAGACUCGGCGGAGCAUCCUUCGGAGCACUUAGGUUUGGAAAAUUAUUACUGUUGCUACCAUCGUUGAGAUCAGUGUCCACAAACGCCAUUGAAGAACUUUUCUUCAGAAGGACCAUCGGUGUUAUCCCUAUUGAAAGGAUCAUUUGCGAUAUGUAUAAAGCGGCCUGAAUUCGAAUAAGCGUAGAGUGGAAGGACAAAGAAAUACAAUAGAAGAGUUGUUAUAUAUGAUGUACUUAGGUGUUUUCUUCUACGAAGUGGUUAGAGUUCUGUUGAUGAACAUUGGGGUAGAUAAUUCAUAAAACAUAGUUGGGGUUGGACAUGAAUGCAUAAGUAUAACUGUUAUUACUGUCAACUUACAACACAAAAAUCAGUUUGUGAAAUCAUUAUAUGUGAAUUAUAAUUCACCCGAAGGAUAGGAUAGGUCGAGAAGAGUGUAUACUUUAGUUGACCGAAUCUGGAAUCAAUAGAAAGACAGUAAUAAAUUUGAAAUUCGAAAGGAUUUCAAACAAAACAAGUGUUGAAGUAAAACAAAUGUGUAAGAAAUGUUAGGAACUUCAAUUCAAUGUUCACCAAUAACUUCUCACGCGGAAAAAAGUGUUGAAGUAAAACAAAUGUAUAAGAAAUUUUAGGAGCUUUUAUUCGAUGUUCACCAAUAAUUUCUCACGCAGGCGUGUUUCAUAUCUAGUCUCGGUCGAAUGAAUUAUACACGGGAAUCAGCUGUGAUGAGAACAUAUCAGAAAGAAAUGAUUUGGAAGCAAUUGUUCACCAAUGAUAUGAAGGCAAAGCGUUGACUUCUUUUAUAUAAUUGACUCAGAAGUACGUAGGAAAAGUCAAAUCAUAUAUCAUUAACAAUAAUUAAGUAGGAACAUUUCAAUAAUUUUACGCUGUAGUUCAAAGAUAAGAUAGUCAUAUUUAAAACAAAUCGGGAAGGGCCCUGCUUUAAUACGAAUUAAAAUAUUUAGGGUUAGUUGUAACACUUAUGGACUAUAAUUUUGCUUUAAUGACAUUCGUGGCAAUAUGCAACAUAAGAUGAUGCGUGUCUGAUUGUACAUAGAGCUUGUAACAUAUGAUAUCAAAAAUCAAAACCACUGAAUUCAACGUCGAUCCGUCUUUUUAAUGAGUAACAUAACUGUCGGUUAAUACUUGUUUUAAUAUAAGUUCAGUUCAGUUAAGUUAAGUAAAGUUAAUGUAAUGUUAUUUUAUUUUAUUUGAUUUUGGCCGUAUGCAUACGAGAGACGACCCUACUCUA